CCGACAUCGCCUAAGGAAUUUCGGCCUAUUAGUCUAUGUAACGUUCUUUAUAAGAUUUUGGCAAAGGUGUUCGCGAAAAGAUUAAAGGGGCUGCUGGAAAAAGUGAUAUCCCCAUAGCAGAGUGCCUUUGUGUCAGGAAGAUCCAUAACUGAUAAUAUUAUCACGACUUUUGAAUGCUUCCAUUCCAUGAAGAGGCAACUGGAAAAACGUCAAGGAUACUUUGCAUCAAAGGUAGACAUGACAAAAGCCUAUGACCGUGUAGAGUGGCACUUCCUAGAAGGAGUAAUGAGUAGGAUGGGUUUUGUCGAUAGAUGGAUUCAGCUGAUUAUGAUGUGUGUUUCCUCAGUUACCUUCUCCAUUAUGGCGAAUGGGCACCUGUCACCGAGCUUCAGACCAGAAAGAGGACUCAGGUAGGGCGAUCAACUAUCGCCAUACCUGUUUCUUCUUUGUGCAGUGGGGCUGUCUACAUACACACAACUAGCGGUUGAGGAGGGGCGACUCCAUGGGUUCAUGGUGACUAAAAGGGUCCCGAUAGUGUCCCACCUGUUUUUUGCUGACGAUAGUUUCUUUUUUGGAAGGGAUACUAUCCAGGAGGCCACUGAACUAAAGAAAAUCUUCCACGAUUAUCAGGUGGAGUCGGGGUAGCUAGUGAGCUUUCCUAAGUCCGAAGUCUUGUUUAGCUGCAAUGUGAAGCCGCACCGCAAGCUGGAAGUGGGUUUUUUCCUUAAUAUGCAUAUUGUUGACAAACAUGAGAAGUAUCUUGGCUUGGCCACCGAGGCGGGUCGCUCGAAGAAGGAGUUGUUUGUGGGGAUAAAAGAGAGGAUCAUAAAUAAACUGAAAGGCUGGAAAGAGAAGGUUAUGAUAGUUGCAGCAAGGAAAGUCCUAAUCAAAUCUGUUGCACGGGCUUAAUUAAUCUAUCUAUGUCAGUUUUUCGAGUUCCUGAGGGCACCAUUGAAGAAAUCCACAACUUGAUAAUGAACUUCUGGUGGGGCCAACAAUAGGAUGAGAAACGUGCCCAUUGGAUUCGAAGAGAGGCUAUGACGGCGCCAAAACAAGAAGGAGGGAUGGGGUUUAUGGACCUGGGAGGCUUCAAUGUAGCUCUUUUGGCGAGACAACUUUGGAAUUUAGCUCAGAGACCAGAAACCCUUGUAGCACGAGUUCUAAAAGCCAAGUAUCAUAAGUCAACAGAUAUUAUGAAUGGUAGUUUAGGAUAUCGUCCUAGUUACAUAUGGUGCAGCCUGAUGGGAGCGCAAGAUUUCAUGAUUGGAGGAAUGAGAUGGCGAAUAGGGAAUGGUGCGUCCGUUCGGAUAUGGGGGGGGGGGGGGGGGGGGCGAUGGCUACUAGGAGGGAAGAACACUUACAUCAUGUCGGCGCCCCAAGGUCUGCCUGUUGAUGCCAUGGUUAGAGAGCUCAUCAAUCCGGAGACAAAACAAUGGGAUCACACAAUUAUUGAAAGUUGUUUCCCAAGAGCGAUGGUUAACGCCAUUUUGUGCAUUCCGUUGAGAAGUGCUGGAGAGAUAGACCGCUUAAUUUGGAAUAACAAGACACGACAUUAUACAGUUCGUGAUGCUUACAAACAUUAGUUUGAAAGAUUUAAAGAAAGGGAAAGAAUCCAACCAGUGGGAGAUGCUGAAACAUGGAACAAGCUUUUAUCUCUUAAUGUGUUGCCGAAAAUAUGCCAUUUCAUGUGGUGUUUUGCUCGUGACGUGUUACCUACAGGGGACUACUUGAGUGUACGGAGCAAGAGAAGAUGAGACAAAUGUGCUUUCUGUGGGUUCCGGGAACUCAGGUGCACUUUUUUGGGGAAUGCAGAUGGACUUGCAGGCUUUGGCGAUCAACAAGCUUUGCUAGGUACUUUGAAAAGCAUGCAGGCCGAAGCUGUAUUGAAUGGGUGACGGGGGUCUUCAAGACAGCAGGAGAUGAGGAGUGUGAAGAAUGGAGUGUUUUGAUGUGGUACCUGUGGAAGGAGCGUAAUGCUCAUUGUUUUAACGGGAGCAAGAUGGAGGAAACCAUCAUUGUAUCGCAUGCGUCCUGCUUUUUACACGAGUACAAAGACCACCAACAACGAGGAGAGAGUAUUCAUCAGGAUAAUUUGCAGGUGAAAUGGCAACAACCACGAUUGGGCUGGGUGAAAGUGAACACAGACGCAGGUGUUUUACAAGGAGGGGGAGCGGGUUUGGGAGUAGUGGCGAGAGAUGAUACAUGAUAGUUUUUCUUUGCAGCAGCCCAAAAAGUGAGUGGUAACUGGGAAGCUGAGGAGACGGAAGCUUUGACGGCGGAAUUCGGGGUAACUGGCACACCAACUUCAUUACAUGAAUGUGACAUUAGAGAUAGACUGCUUGAGCUUAGUACACAAGCUGAAAGAAGGAAAUGCUAUACAAACUGAGAUAGGGACCAUUUGCAGAAGCAUCAGGAGAGUGUUGGAUGAAACUGGAUCGAGACCAUGGCAAUAUGUGAGAAGAGAAGCGAAUGAAGCGACACACAUCAUGGCUCAUAGUGAGACCAACUGGGACAGUCCAAUGUUUUGGAUUGAUAGACCACCGAUAUUUUUUGUUGAUCAGUUACGGCUGGACUGUAUGACUCCGACUACUGAUUAAUAAGAAUCUUAGGUUCACAUAAACAAAUGGAAUUGCAAAAAUUUGUAGCUUUGCAUUAUUGCAAUUGACACUUCCAUCAAUGGAUUUCAUUUUCAUUGUCAUAUCAUUUUGCAAUUAAAUAUGAUAGUUUGAUGUAGAUGUUCUUUUAGAGUGGAAUUUCAUAAAUUUCGAUUCCGCGCUACAUACAUCUUCUCUGUUGUUAUUAUUCAAUGUACACUCAAUGAAGCAUCUAUAUUUUUAUUACAAAAUUUACAUUUGUCCCAUAAUUUCUACAAAACAAAAUUAAGAAAAAAUGUUCAUACAAUAAGCUGAACAAAAUUAAAAAAAUCUUGUUUCAUGAUGAUAUCUCAUCUAUUUUUAAUUCUUAUAUAUAAAAAGAUUACAAAGUGAAAGUGGAGCGUAUCAUAAAUUUUAAAAAAAAUCACGGAUAUAUGAUAAUCAUCAUACUCGUUUGUUAAUGUAAAUUCCAAUAUAAUAAUACCUACAAUGCGAUUCGUGCAUAGCAUAGAAAGAAAAAAUAAUGUAGAACAUAAUUAAAGGAGUAAUCUUGUGAUGGUGAUUCAUGUGCAAAUGUCAUCAUGAACCCAGGAGCUGUCUUCAUUCUUCUAUGAGUCUACCUUCAUGAUCAUCUUCUUCUUCCUAUUCUUCUUUUCACAUAUAUUACUCCAAAUUCCAUGUGGGACUAGCAAAUCUUAUUAAGGAUAGAUAUCAACUUUGCACCUUAAAAAGCUUCAAAAUCAAUUUAAGAUGAGGAGAGAAAGAGAGGGACAGGCUUGCACUAAACUUCAAGCCUGAAAACCCUAGCAGCUAUAGAUCAUAUGUAAGGAAAUUAGGGAAAAAGGAAGAGCACCCAACCAACAAGAAUACACAGAUCAGUUGUACAGUUUUGGGCAUGCAGCAGUAACAAUUGAGAGUGUUCCCCACUCACUCUCAUCCCUUGCCUCUUAAGAAUCCAAUAGAUAAAUGAGAGAGAGAGAGAGAGAGAGAGAGAGAGAGAGAGAGAGAGAGAGAGAGAUCAAUGGAGUGAAAAAUUUCAAGCUUUGGAUGCUUUUUUCCCCUUCCUUUUGUAAAGAGUAAAGAUGCAAAAGAGAAAGAAAAGUUACACUCCAUAGUAUAUGCGUUGAGAGAGAGCAAAUGUCAACCUUUGUGAGAUGUGCAAGUCAAUUGCUUUCCUCAGCAUCGAUCAUGUCCAUAUGUCUCUUUCUUUUCCUCGCAUAUUCUAUGUGUGCGGGGGACAAAGAAAAAGGAAAGGAAGCACUAACUAGGAAGGAAUUUUUUAUUAAUAUUUAUUGACGACUUUACUAAGAAUCACGACUAAAAUUAAUUAAUAAGUAAUAACUACUACAAAUGGAAAAAAAUUACUACUAUAGGUAAGUAAAAACUACUAACCGUAUAAAAAAAUCGAUGAUUUUGAAAAAAAAUAAAAUCGAGAAAUAGAUACCAAUUAAUAAUAUCUACAAAUAUAGUUAGACGAAUAUCUACUCAUUGUAGCAAUUACGUAUUGAUAUCUACAAAUAUAAUCACUACUACAUCAAAUUAACACUACUAUACACUCUCUCUUUACCACUGUCCCUAAUCGUACAAGUAUGCGAACUGUUUCGUCGCGUGUAACUUAUUAACUUUGACGAAGGGGAUGAGUUAUGUUUCACGGGAGAGAGAUGGUAAGGUUUUUGUCAUUUGUGGGAGAGAUGUGUGAGAGUGGGAGAGAGGACUGCGGAGUAUUUAUAUUAGAUUUGAUUAAAUAUGGACCAUAUUAUUCUUCAAUUAAUUAUAAUCCUAAAUUCACUAAUUUGAUUUAAAAGUUAUUAGACUAAUUAGCAUGAUGCUAACUUCUCAAGGGGUUAUGAUCUUAUCUCAUUCAUCCACUCUCACCGUUGCAUGUUCAAUCAUAAGUAUCUCCAAUUAAUCAUUCAAUUGUUAUAGUGUGGUCUCUCAACCACUAUGAUUGUAAAUUAGAUCAAUUUAGUUCUUCAAAUUUUGCAACCUGAUUUAUUAAGUUGUUUAUUUCACAUAAAAGCACUCGUAACUUUAAGUCCAUAAUUAAUAAAUCAAAUUUUUACGAUACUGAGUAUCACUCAUAUCUCAUUUGCAAAAAAACCGACAUGCUUCAAAAUAUAUUGAAAUGUAUUAGUAAUAUGUUUAUUUUCUUCUAGUCAUCACUAAUUUUUGUCUAAAAUAUUAUCGAUAUAUCUUUUCGAUAAACUUCGACCAAAACUAGUAUCAUUUUUGGUACUCAUUUAGCACCUCCUCUUCUUCUUUCCUUUUCUGUACACGGUGUCUGUCUGUCUGGCUUGUUGUGGUUUAGGAGGGUCCAUGCAUGGCAGUGGAAUGAUGGAUAGGAGCAAAGUGUAAUUGGAUGGACAAAAGGAAUAAAAUUUUAGGAGUCCCAAUGCAGCAUCAUCAGAAUUGACGUGGAGAAAUAAUAACACCAUUAUUAUAUAUAUUAAGGGAAUAUAUAAUAAACUAAAUUUUGAAUUAAUGGUGAUAAACAGACCAAAUCUUGGUGUCUUUCCCUACUAAUAAUGGCACAUUAUUGGUCAAUAUAUUUGUACUAUACAUGUCAUCAUUAGGAGUGGUAUUAAAGGCUGUUAACUUUUAUUUGCCAUAACCCACAUUUUUAUGUAUUUUUGUAACACACACUUUUGUAAAAAAAAAAACAAUAUUUUUUUUUUGUGUGUGGAAAAUUUGAAGAACAGAUGCAUUAAAAGGAAGAACACUUUGGUUGGACUUUAAUGAUUUAACCAGCAAGUUACUAAUGGGGUUCAACCUCUAAUUGGUCACUCAACUUGAUAGCAACUAAUCAUCUUUAUCAAAUCCUAACCUUUCUGCCUAGUUCGUACCAAUCCGAUACGCUAGCUAGUCGUCAACUUCUUUCUUCGAUACGUUUUUUAGCGAUCGAUUCAGUUAUGAAAUAUGAUGUUGUGGAUUAUUAUUUUGCCAAGUAUUUCGAUGGGGAUCAAUAGUUUUAUGAUCACAUUACGUUUCUGAAUGGUUUUCUCAACCGGUUUACUCCCUCACAAAGCCGCUCUCAAAAUGGUUGCAAUGGCUGGCAUCAUACUAUCACCUAACUAAUCCUCCCAAAGGAUAAGGGUUAAGGAAGAGGUGCAUGGGAUGGGAUGAUAGAUUGAUUGAAACAGAAAGGUGAUCAAUUGCUUCUUUCUAACAACUUGUUAUCAAUUAUUCAUUAAAAACAAAAAAAAAACAAAACAAAACAACUUGUGAAUUUGUGAUAGAUUUAGGAAGUUGGUCAGACAUCAAGUUAUGAUUCACGAGGAAUAGGAUAAUUGCCCAAAAAAGGGACACAUUAUCUUAUUGAACAAGACCCCAUCCUACUCAUUUCCUUAUUUGAAAUAUUAUACCAUCUCUUCAUGCACCGCUCCUUAUAUAUAUCCCAUCAUUAUUAUUAAAAAAAACAAAGUUUUUAGCUGUAAUCUUGGUGAGAGUAUGAAGAUUCAAUAUGUCGUCGUAUAGCGUAUUACUAUUCGCGAACGAAUUUCAUGAUCCACUCUCAUUCAUUUUUUCAGAGUCUCCAUCUCCUUUAAGGGAUGAAAUGACUAACGGUUUCAAGCGAGAUCUCAUUUCCCUGGUUUAGGGCUUCCCAAGGGGAAGAAAUUCCCCCAAGAAAAAACUGGGCAUGUUCAUCUUCAAUGGAUUGAAUUUCGCUUCUGCCAAGAUAACAAAUGUAGAGAAAAGAA